AUGGUGCAAGAUGAGUUGACGGUGCGGCGGGGCACGCCAUCACUGGUGGCGCCUGCGCGGGAGACGCCGCGGGAGAGUAAGCCACUGUCGGACCUCGACGACCAGAACUGCAUGCGGAUCUACCUCGUCGGGAUCUACGCCUUCCGUGGCAACGCAUCCAAGCAAGGCGUCGACCCGGCGGUGGUGGUGCGGGGCGCGCUAGCGGAGGCGCUGGUGCACUACUACCCUCUGGCCGGCCGUCUUCGCGAGGAGGCUGGACGGAAGCUGGUGGUUGACUGCGCCGGACAGGGCGUGGCCUUCGUGGAGGCCGACGCCAACAUGGCGCUGGACGACCUCGGCGAGGUGCGGUACCCGCCGUUCCCGCGCUCCGAGGAGUUCGUCUACGACGACCACGUCUACAUGGCCAACUUGCCGCCGGGCCUGCUGCUGCCCGAGAUCAUCGGCCAGCCCCUGCUGUACGUCCAGGUAACACGGUUCACGUGCGGAGGCUUCAUCGUCGGCACCCGGACCUGCCACUGCCUCACCGACGGCUCCGGCGUGGCGCAGUUCCUCAAGUCCGUCGGCGAGCUCGCUCGCGGCGCCGACUCGCCGAGCGUGCCGCCCGUCUGGUCCAGGGACAUAUUCAACGCGCGGGAGCCGCCAUGCCCUUCCUUCCCGCACCCCGAGUUCCAGGAGCCGGCCGGCGGGGACGACCGGCUAAUGUACACACCACCGCACGAGCUGGAACGCGUCGAGUUCUCCUUCGGGCCCGAGGCUAUCGCCGCGCUGCACAGCCGGGCCGCGCCGGGGAAGAAGCCGCACGGCGGCGCUGGGCUACGCUCCGGGUGA